UGUACAGAAUCACCCACAACCAUGCCAACAGUGGCUCGCUCCUUGUCAACAGCUCCUUUUAAAGACUCGUACCAGAAAGAACUCCUAAGGUUUCUUGACGCCCACCAAUCACCGAAAGCCAUCUACUGGGAGCGCGAGGCCAUCGCCCCUGUUAAUCUCAUCGUUGGUCAUUCUGUCCUUAAGGACCACGGUGUCAAUCACUCGUACCUGAUCGAUCCCCAACACACAUCCCAAUGUCCGCCCGACGUCAAAACCAUCUUUUUUGUCCUUCAUUCCAACCUCAAGAUCCUCGAUAUUGUGAGGAAUUUUCUCAAGUCAGAAUUUUCACCUCGUGCGCCAACCUCAGAGACCUCGAAACGGGAGUACUGCAUAAUUGCAAUACCCACAUUCUCGGUGGUCUGCAAAGCCUUUUUGCAGGAGACGCAGGUGUAUAACAGACUCUCCGGCGUCUACGAACUGCCCCUCACCCUACUGCCCUUGGAUUCCGACCUCUUAUCCAUGGAAGAUCCCGACUCUUUUGCGGUCCCUUGGCAUAACACUGAUGUGCACGCUUCCGUUCAGUCCUUUAGCCUGCACGAGAACGAAGUCAGUCUGUUCAACCUGGCGAAAGGUUUGAUGAAAUUCCAGGCCGUCUAUGGCCUCUUUCCUCGGAUCCGAUCGAAGGGCGCCAAAGCCAAGCGAGUCGUUGCGAUGUUGGCACAAAUGCGGCAGGAGGCUGCGGCGACGGCCAACUUGGACGUCUCGACUGAUGCUCCCACCGUCCAGCCCCUCGAAUCCCCCGGCCAGGCUGACCUCCUCAUUAUCAUCGAUCGCAGCGUCGACAUUCUGACCCCGUGUUUGAGCCAACUUACCUAUGAGGGCCUCAUUAAUGAAGUUUUCCCAGUUAAAUAUGGAAGUGUGAAGAUACCCUUGCCGGGGAGCGAAAAUAACCCGAAGAGCGUUGUCUUCAAUUCCGUCGAUCAGCUCUUCUCGGACAUUCGUAACCAGAAUUUUACAAAUGUUGCAUCUAUCCUCAGCAAACGCACCAAGGAACUGUCGGCCAUCAUAAAUGAAACGAAAUCCUCAAAGGAGUUAAACAAGCUCCGUCAGGUGGUUGGUCAGUUGCCGGAAUUAAGACAACUACAUGCCUCUGCGAGUGUGCAUAUGUCAAUAGCCGAGAGCGUCCAGGAUUAUGCUACUUCGGACGACUUCAUGUCCUCAUUUCGCACUCAACAAGGAUUUCUGAGUGGACACGAGCUUGACAAAGUUCAUCCCUACAUCGAAAAGCGAAUCCUCGAGAUGGCGCCGAUUGAGGAGGUCCUUCGGUUGAUUUGUGUCCAGUCACUUUGCAGCGGCGGGCUUAAGCCGCGCUUACUGGAGUUUUAUGCGCGUGAAAUCACACAGAUGUACGGGCCCGAGCACAUGAUGACCCUGGACAACUUGAAGCGUCUCGGCCUGCUGGAAGAGAGUUCUCGUCUGGCAGUGGUCUCCCAGCCAAGCAACACCUCCGCCUUCUUCAAUGACGGCAACGGAGCGGUCAGACACACCAUCGCAGCGAUCUCCACGGCCUACUCAAGCAGUCUCCGACGGAGCCUUCGACUUCAAGUGACGAGUGACGGCACGAACCAGCAGUCGCCGCACCAGGAGCAGUCGCUAGACGGCGCCUUCGCUCAGAUCUUCGGAGGCAGUGUGCCCAUCAGUGUGCGCCUAGUCCAAGCCAUGGCUCUCGGCUGGCCGACGCGCUCGCUGCUCGCGCCCACGUCCGGUGUUGGCGGCGGCGGCGGAGCCUUCUUGUCCAGUGCUGCGAACACUGCUCUUCUCGCUGGACGCAGACUUGUAUCAAACGCAGCCGCAGUUAACACCAGCAGCGGUGGCUAUGUAAUGAGCCUGCUGCCGGCCGUUGAAUUGGACGAGACGCAGACCCCAGGCGAAGUUCUGACUGCUUCCAAGGCCGAUGGUUUUGUCGGUGGGAUGAAACCGACGACCUCAAACGUCUCUGUCAAACCCGACAACGCCACCAAGACCGUUGUGAUUGCCUUUGUCGGUGGUGUCACGCAUUCUGAGUUGGCAGCUCUCCGCAAGGUCGCUGCGUCCGAAGAGGGUAACGCAUUGGUCUUAAAGUGUUCCGUUGCUGGAUAUAAAGCUAAAAUGCCUCUUUACGACUCUAAUCUUCGUGGCUCCAUACUGUCAAAUGAAAAACUUGGCUAG